GGUCUUUAUAUCAUUACUUUGGUUCAAUUGGUCUUAUUACGCGUGGAAGAGAAGAGACAGAUAAGAAAGAAGAUAAAAAUAGCAAGAUCUUUAAAGUAAGAAGAAUUGUAUUAAGUCAAGCAGAGAUGGAGAGUGUCAAACGUCUUCUUCACAACUUGCCACCAGUUCCAAAAAUUCCAAAAAUUCCUGCUACCAACCCCGAAAAUA